AUGUUGUUGCGAUCGCUUGCGCCAGGGCUAUUGGGCCUCGCCGGUGUGGCCAACGCCCAGAUCGCCUUUUCCGACCUGGCAUCAUGUGGGCAACAAUGUAUCGACAAUAUGGACACGACUAUCGGUUGCGUUCCUGUGACCAGCGAGUGCUUAUGCUCAAACACCAAUUUCCUCUAUGGUAUCCAUGAUUGCGCCGACAGCGCCUGCACCAAUGCUGCUGAUGCGACUGCUGCAUAUAAUUUCGCCUCUUCGUCCUGUGCAAGCGUGCUGGCCGCUACGAGCGCCCCAGAGGUCCAGGCGACUUCAGUCGCUGAGACCUCUUCUGAGGCAGCUGCCACAACAGAGGCUGCUACAACGGAGGCUGCGCCGACCUCGUCAUCGGUCGUGACCGACAGCGCGGCAGCAACUUCUUCGGAGACAUCACCGGUCGAGGCUGCCCAGACUACCAGUUCGGGAAGCUCGUCACCCGCUGCAGCCACAACUGAGGCCCAGACGACACAGGCUCCAGCCAGCGGGAUGACGACAAUCUUUGGAGCCGCCACAAAGACAGGGUCCAGUGCGGCGACAUCUGGAGGCGCUGCCGCCGCCGCCUCGUCUUCGUCGGCCAGUGGUGCCUCAUCGGGGUCUUCCAACGUGACCAAUCUUUCCACCGGCGCCAAGGCUGGAAUUGUUGUUGGUUCAGCCUGUGCUGCCGUCUCUAUCGUCGGUAUCGUGUUGUUCCUGAGCAGGAAGCGAAGUCCACCAUUGCCCAGAGGCAACAUGAAGAUUUCAGAGCCGCUACCUGGUUCCGGUCGCAUCGGCGAUGAGGCCUGGGAACAAUAUCACACGACCAACCCGCCACAAUACCCAAGGCCGCCUGGUACUGCCGGUUCAAACAUGUCCGAGCUGGACCGAAAUGCAAGACCGUAUGAGGAGAUGGUACCGAGAACCAAACCAGCUCGGAUAGUCUGAGACCCAGCUGGUUGUGAGCUUGAACGAGAGGAGCGUUGAGGUUUGCUUCCUACUUUUAUUUGCUUAAAGCGUAUUUUUUUUAUUUUUUUUUCAUUCAACAAAUUUUGGAAGCCUUCUUUUGUCCUGUACAUAUCGUUAUCUACUCAUCUUGAAGAGGGUAGCUGGUCGAUGGCGAUAGUUAUGAUAUCCUGGUGGCAGGAACGGAGUAUAUUGAAAAUUUCUAGCACCUUCAUACUGCCCAAUG